AUGAUCUUGCCUCGCAGUCGAUUGCGGGAUGCACGUGGUCGGAUACCGAUCUAUUGUAAGCCUGUUUAUCAGCGUCCAAAGGGGUCUGCACAGCCAAAGUCGUCUUCCAUUGGUCGGCCUUCUGUUUUCCUUGGAUGUGGUACCCGCACAUUUAAGCAGACAUUCAUUCAAUGUGGCCUCUUCACCUUUGUCUCCAUAAACACUAUUUUUGUUGGGUCUAUGAUUUGGAGUUAUGAGAAUUGGAGGGCUCGGAUUUCAAAACAUCGGGAUGGUUUCAAAAAAACCCUACGGGAUUUUUUCACAACGAUCGUCGGGAGGCCUCCGAAGCCCUCCGAUAUUUUUUGGGCCAUUGCUCUUGCAAAUUUCAUUAUCUUCAUCUGCAACAAUAGUCGCCAUUAUGGACCCACAUUCCUUCGCUACUUUGCGAAUUCCCCUUAUGGACCCUGGCCAGCAAUGUCCAUGUUCCUCUCAAUAUUCUCUCACCAGAUGUUCUUUCACAUGUUUUUAAACAUGUACGUCCUUAAUAACUUUACGCAACCUCUCGUACGAGUUCUCGGAAUGGAACAAUACUUCGCUGUUUUCCUUAGCGGCGGGAUAUUUGCUUCCUUCCUAAGUGCGUUGGCAAAGGUGGCGCGAGGCUCGCGAGUCCCUUCGAUUGGGGCCAGCGGGGCAGUGUGCGCUGUGUUGGGCGCAUUCUGCAUGCUGGAGCCACACGCGAUGCUCUGUUUACCGCUGGUAGUGAACGUGAUUCCUCACGCCUUUUCUGCGGGUUCUGCCUGCUGGGUCAUUGUCGCCUUCGAGGCCUGUGGUGCUACUUUUCUUGCUCGUCGCUCACCCAUCGACCACGCAGCUCAUCUUGGUGGCCUUCUCUUCGGCAUGUACUAUGGAUUGGAAGGAAAAAAGGUGGUUUUGAAACAUCGCGACGAGGUGAUCAAGGUCUGGCGAACAUUGAAAGGCGAGAGUGGGAAAGCUAGUGAAUAG